AAUUCAACCUGAUCAAAGUGCAUUAAAAAAUGUUUAAAAUGGUCUUUUUGACCCUCAUUAUAACCGCUGUCUCGGCUGACAUUGACUUCAAAGACUGCGGAAACAAGGAGGUAAUCAAGGUUGAGGUGAGCGGCUGCCCAAACAACCCAUGUAUUGUCCAUAAGGGAAAUGCGGCUACAAUUACCAUUACCUACAAAGCCAACCAGGAUAGCGCAAAAGCUAAAUGGGAUUUGCACGCCAUUGUUGAGGGUAGAGAUGUAGACAUGUCUACAUUGUUGCCCGACUUUGACAAAGAUGGCUGUCAUAGCACUCCCUGUCCUAUCAAAAAGGGAGAGAUGAAAAUGUUUACCCAAAAGUCUAUGGUUCCCGACUCUGUGCCCGAUAUGGACGCCGUGUUUAAGCCCAUACUUGUCGGCGAUAAUGGAAACCUGUUUUGCGUGACAUUUAACGGAGUAAUCAAAAAGUAAAAUUAUAAAUUAUCAUGUUUGAUCUAAUUAAUAUUAUAAUUUGAUACGUAUUUUAUGAAAUAAAAAUGAUUCAUUUUUUAAUAAAAUGUUUUGCCAAAUUAAAA